ACUUACCUUUUUUUUUUUUUCCUUUCUUUCUUCUUCUUCUACUAUGUUUGCUUCCACAGCACUUAUAGCUGCUCUUGUGAAGAGUCAAUUCCCUACCAACAAUGCACAUGACAAGUUGGAUACCAAGACAAUUGAAAAAGUAGUUACCAAUUUGACUUCAACUGAUUAUGAUAAUGAUGACACAAGUACUACUGGUAGUCAAAGUACUAUUGUGGACGAUGAAAUCAAUGGUAUUCGUUUACAAUCUCGUAUUACUCAAUUGUUAUUCAAUCUCUUUCAAGAUAAUGCUCAAGAAAAGACUCGAUUGGUUAAUGUUCACCAUGUUGUUGAUUAUACUACGUUUGCUUUAUCUGACUUGGUAUUUGUAUAUCCUGGUACUGCUGCCUCUUCUGGAUCUGGAUACCUUGGUCAAGAUCUUAUUCAAUGGUCAACUUCUUUGCGCAAUAUUCGUGAUCAAUCUGUCAAAGUGAUUGAAAUGGAAACUCGAGACGGUGCUCUUCAAGUGGUACAAGGUGCUUUGGAACAAGAAAACGUUAAGGCUACAGUGCUUACCUCUACUGAAGCGCUUUAUAGCAUGAUUCCCAAUAUUCAUCGUUUGGCGGCCCAACGUCUUCCUGUUGUAUUUAAUGUAUCGGCUCUCUCUGUUGAUGAAGAUUUGGUGGCACAUACUCAUGUUGAUGCUGUCUUGGCUGCUCGUCAAUCUGGUGCUAUAGUUCUUGCCUCUACUACUGCUCAAGAAGCUCAUGAUCUCUCUGUAGUGUCUCAUCUCCUUGCUCAUUCUCUUCGAUUACCUGUGAUUCAUUACUUUGAUGGUGCUUUGGCCAAUGAUUUCCAAAAGGUUACUCUAUCUUCUUACUCUGCUUUAAUUGAUCGUGUAGCUACUAUUUCCAACAAUCUCUCUGCUGAAUCUAUUUUGGCUUCUUUCAACUACAAGGCAUUUGACUAUCAAGGUGAUGACAAGGCGGAAACAGUGUUGGUGACUUUGGCUGCUGGUUCUAAUGGUCUUUCUACUGCUGUGGCUAAUAUGAUUGAUGGUGGUGAUAGUAGUGUUGGUUUGCUCAGGGUAAGAUUAUAUCGUCCAUUGAAUGAAUUUGCCUUGUUACAAGCUUUACCUACUAGUGUCCGACGUGUGAUUGUCUUGGAAGAAGGUGAUGGUCUUUUUGCCUUCAAUGGUCCUUUGUACUUGGAUAUCGCUGCUGCCAUACGAUUUGGUGAUUUCUCUGGCGCUCGUCCUCGUGUGAUCACUGCUCAAGCUCCUUCGUUUGAUCAUCUCAAGUCUUCUCAAUUGAGUAUUUUGGCUCAACGUGCUACUUCCGCCUCUUAUAUCGAUCUUUUGGCAGAAGAAUACACCCAUGAUGAUAAUGAUGAUCAAGUGCCUGAACAUAAUAAUGUAUUUGGUGCCUCUUUCUGGGAUGUGGAACAAGAUGGAUCUGUCCAAUCAGCUACUCAUUUGACUCAAUUGAUUCAUGAACAAGAUCCUGAACAACCUUCUACUUACCGUGUGACACGCGAUGCUUUCCGUCUUGGUGGAUCUGUUGUCAACACUCGAUUGGUCACCAACAGUACUGAUCUUCGUCACAAAUCUGAUUAUAUCGGUAUCCACAAUGUAAACUUAAUCAAGGAAUACAACAUUUUGGGUUCAGCUGUCAAGAAGGCAAAGGUUUUGGUGCACGGUCCUUGGAAACAUGGUGAUGAAAUCGAAGCUCAUCUGACCAAUGAGUUCAAGUUGGGUUUGACACAAUUGGAUAUUCAAUUAUAUACUUUGGAUGCUGCUCGUAUUGCUGAAGAACAAGGUCUCCAUAGAACAUCUAUUCAUUUGGUUUAUGAGGCUGCUUUCUUUUUAUUGAAUACCCCGCAAGUGGAUGCUGCUGAUGUUUUGACUGGUCUCUAUGAAGAAAUUGUUCCUACUGAUCAACAACAAGUCAAUGGUGAAGAUAAGCGUGAUUUGCGUACUUUGGUCACUGAUGUGGUUGCUGCUGUCAAGGGUGGAUUGGUGCAUGUGGAAUUGUUGCCUCCUUGGACUAUUUUGGAAAUCAAUGAUGUUGCUUUACCUUUGGCUCCUCUGAAUCGUGCUGCUGGUAUCUCUGAUGUUGAAGAGGAUGACACGGAUUUGACUGUUGAUGAAGAACAAUCUACUGGACAAGUAGCAACAUGGCAUAAGGCUGCUUGGCAACUCAUGUUCAAAGAUACCUAUGGUACUGAAAAUCAAUUGCGUCCUGAUCUUCAUGAAUCUACUUACUUGGUCAAGUUGACAGAGAAUCGACGAUUGACACCUGUCACCUACGAUCGUAAUGUUUUCCAUUUGGAAUUUGAUACUACUGAAUCCAAUCUCAAGUAUGAAUUAGGUGAUGCUCUUGGUGUUCAUGGUCUCAAUGAUGCUGAUGAAGUCAAGGCUUUCAUCAAGUGGUAUGGUCUCAAUGAAGAAGAUGUUGUUUUGGUGCCUGUGGGUGGCAAGCGUGAAACUCGUACAGUAUUCCAAUUGUUCUCUCAAGUUUUGGAUAUCUUUGGUCGUCCUAGCAAGAAGUUCUAUGAAGCCUUAGCCAACUAUGCCACAGACCCUAAAGAAAAGGAACAAUUACUUUAUCUGGUAUCUGCUGAAGGUAAAGAAGAAUUCAAAAAGCGUGUGGAUGAUACUGUGACCUACGAAGAUCUUUUGCGUGAAUUUACCUCUGCAAAGCCUAGUCUGGAACAUUUGGUACGUUUGGUUGCUCCUAUCAAACCUCGUCAUUACUCUAUCGCCUCCUCUCAAAAAAUGCAUGCAAACUCGGUUCAUCUUUUAGUGGUUGCUGUGGAUUGGGUCAACAGUCAAGGGAAGAAACGAUAUGGUCAGUGUACUCGUUACUUGGCUAACCUUCCUGUAGGUGCGGAUGUCACUGUGUCCAUCAAACCAUCUGUGAUGAAGUUGCCUCCUUUGGAUUCUCAACCUGUGAUCAUGGCGGGUCUUGGUACUGGUAUGGCUCCUUUCCGUGCAUUUAUUCAAGAACGUUACUUGGCAAAGAAAGCUGGUAAAGAUGUUGGUCCUGUGGUGCUUUACUUUGGUUCUCGUAAUCGUGGUAAUGAAUAUCUCUAUGGUGAAGAAUUAGAAGCUUAUCAUCAAGAUGGUGUGCUCUCUCGUAUGGGUCUUGCCUUCUCUCGUGAUCAAAAGGAAAAAGUGUAUAUUCAACACAAAAUGAAGGAAGAUGCUGAAAUGCUUCAUGAUUAUCUCAUCAACAAGAACGGUCACUUUUAUCUUUGUGGUCCAACAUGGCCUUGUGGUGAUAUCAAGGAUGCAGUUGUUUAUGGUCUCAACACUUUUGGUGGCAUUGAUGAAAAGGUGGCCAGUGAUUUGAUUGAAGAAUGGAAGGAAAAGGAACGCUAUAUUCUUGAAGUGUAUUAGUUAAUUUGCUCCUCCCCAGUUUAUGCAUUCAUAUUUUGUACUUUAGUCAGUUUUAUUUUUAUUCUUCUUUUUAUUUAUCCUAUAUAUGAUUUCUAAACAAAAUACAUCCAUAUGAACGAUAAUAAAAAAAAAAUUAUAUGUAUCUACAUU